AUGAGAAUGGGAACCCCUCGCGACCCAAACCCGUUCGCGAUACUGAGCACACCUACUCCGAGUCGAAUCGAGCCACCAGCAUCCCAGCAACCGAAGCUAUCUUCACGACGACACAACAUCAAACCACUCUUCCGCAUCUCAACCACGUACUCCACAAUUCAGUCCAGAGAGCUCUCAUUUCAGGAACAGCCAUGCAUGAGCAACACACCCCAGCAACUAGCGCAGUCUGGAUUCUACUACGAGCCCCGUUGGGGACGCAGCCCGACCGCCUGUUGCUUCGCCUGCGAAUCCGAGAUAAAAUUGGACACGGCACAGCCAUACACUACGAACGAGUUACUGGGAUCACACCAAGAUGACUGCUUAUGGAUAGUCGUACUCCGUGACAUGCAAUACCUGACGAACAACGCAGCCACGCAGACAGCGAUACCGACAUUGGCAGAGCUCACACCAGCACCCGCACCAGCACCCGCACCAGCACUCGCACCAGCACCGAACCCAGCUUCCCCUCCCACCACAGAAUCGGCGGCGGAACCGGCAGCGGAACCGGCAGCAGAGCCCCGUCCAACCAUCCCAACAGAGGAACCCAAUCCCAGACCGAAGACCUACGCGCAAGCAGCCUCAGCUUCAGGCCCGACCCCCUUGAAGCAACCAAAGCGAGAAACCUACACGCGAGCACCCAAGGGAAACGCCCUUCCAGCAUCCACACGCUUUAUCCUCGAGAUGGAGACACCAGUGGACGGAAAAUUCAACCCAGCAGCCAUACGGGAUGGCCUCAAUCAGCACCUACCCUAUCCAGAGGUCAUUGGUGUUGCACGAUCGAAGCAAGGGAACCUGAUAGUGACCUGUCGGAGCACAGUGGAGGCAGUUCUUAAAUGCCAGCAUCUUUGA